CUCGAACCUCCGGCUCGCCGCUGUACAACGUGCUGACGUCACUCGCUGUGCGUCAGUGUGGAGGAAUGUGCGGAAACUUCUUGAGCACUUUUCUUUCUGCGCUGAACGUCAAAGGAAAUCGCCCCAAAGCCUCAAACAAGUGAAUGAAAGUGGAUUAAAGUUGGCCCCGAAGAGUCGCAGCUUCUCCUCCUGCCAAGGUGAAGAGCUUCAUUCAACAUGGCCGCUCAGACGGGGUUCUCGGUGGAGAUGUUUCCUGCCAGCGUUCCGCUGACGGAGGACGCUCAUGGCGACAUGCCAAAGGACACCCUGCCGGCCCCUCAGCUGGUGAUGCUGGCCAACGUGGCCGCGGUCACGGCGGCAGAGAGCGGCGACGGCAGCGCAGCGGAGGAGAAGGAGAUGAUGGAGCUGAAGACGGUGGGGUGCAGCUACUCGGACAGCGAGGAGGAGAACGUUGUCAGGUACAGCUACGAUAACCAGAGCUACAGAGAGGUGUGUAUUCUGGAGUACCCCGAGUCUCCGAGCCCAAACAUCGUUGCCGUGGUUGUAGGAAACGAGGUGGAGGAGGAAGACAGGGUCAAAGCUGAAGACCUGUCUCGUCAGACUAAGCUCCGCCCCUCUACCAAAACGACGCAGCGGGUGGUGGAACAUCAACGUGGACCAGUUGCCGUGACGGAGGGCAACAAGAAGAAGAAGCCCUUCCACUGUAAGCCGUGUCACUUCCAGGCUCAGAACGAGCAGGAGUUUGUGGAACACCUCGGGACUCACGUCAUCAGCAAGAUGAUGGUGGUGAACCGGGUGGAGGGCCGGAGCAACAACAGGACCAAGGAGGCCACUGGCCCUGAGGCCCAGGAGGCGGAGAGCGGCGAGGAGGCGGCCGGCGACCUCAAAGGGCUGAUCCGGUGUGAGCGCUGCGGCUACAACACCAACCGAUACGACCAUUACAUCGCUCACCUUAAACACCACAACAAGGAGGGCGAGGACCACAGGGUGUUCAAGUGCACUCUGUGCCCGUACACCACUGUGAGCCAGUACCACUGGAGGAAACACCUGAGGAACCAUUUUCCCAGCAAACUUCACACCUGCAGCCAGUGCUCUUACUUCUCCGACCGCAAGAGCAACUACAUCCAGCACAUCCGGACGCACACAGGUAUUCGUCCAUUCCAGUGUCCCUACUGCGACUACUCCAGCUCUCAGAAGACCCACCUGACCAGACACAUGAGGACUCACUCUGGUGAGCGUCCCUUCAAGUGUGAGAGCUGUAACUACCUGGCAGCCAACCAGCAUGAGGUGACCCGCCACGCCCGCCAGGUGCACAACGGGCCGAAGCCUCUGUCCUGCCCCUACUGCGAGUACAAGACCGCCGACCGCAGCAACUUCAAGAAGCACGUGGAGCUCCACCUGAACCCUCGUCAGUUUCUGUGCCCGCUGUGCAAGUACGCCGCCUCCAAGAAGUGCAACCUGCAGUAUCACAUCAAGUCCCGGCACUCGGGCUGCGACGUGACCCUGGACGUUUCCAAGGUCAAGCUGCGCGUGAAGAAGCCCGGACCCGACGGCGCGGAGGAGAGCCACGACUCCGGAGCCAGCAAGUUCGACAGUUUAUCCAGCGUGGAGGAGGACUUUGACAUGGAGGAGUCGAGUCCCAUCAAUCUGUCAAUCAAAAAGAGCACACGGAUCAGCAUCGCCCAACCGGCUCAGAGUGAAGCACCCGACAGGCCUCCGAAGAAAUCCAGCCUCAUUGCUGAUAAGGAGAAACUUCAGAGAGUGAAGGAGAAGGGGGAACAAGAGAAAAGGGUCACCACAAGGCAGAAAAAGACUGAGAAGGUCCUCAAGAAUCCUCUGGAGAGUGAGGCAACACCCGCAGACAAGGGCCAGAGACGAGCCAAGAAGAAGACUGUGCAGGACCAAGCGGCAGUAACCAAACUAGACCAGACGGACCGAUCAAAGGCACUGAGGCCGGAGGAGGAGAAAGAGGAGGAAAAGCUGAGACCUCAGAAGGAGGGACAUCAGAAGAAAGAUAGCAGCAGGAAAAAAAACAAAAGCCUCAACAAGCUGAGGAAGUCCAGAUCAAAGUCAGAGAAUAUAGCAGAACGUGUGGUGGAAGCUCCGCAGAAACCAGCGAGUCCUGAGAAGAAGAAGGCUGCAAAGAGGAAAGCAACGGAGGCUCUUGAUCUCUCCAAAAGCUCCUCGUCUGAAACGCCGUCCAAGGCCAGGCGGCUGAAAGAGAAGCUGCAGGUGAAACCGGUUCCAGCAGACACUAAGGAGGCAGAUGAUACAGGUCCUGCCCCACAAAGGUCCAGCGAGGCCUCCCCUGCAAAGCAGAAGCCCAGGAACCCCGGCAGGAGGUCCAGGAGCCUUCAGCAAACCGUGGAUCCAGUUAAAGACCACAAGACCCCAGACAGUCCAGGAGCUUCUGCUCAGACCUCCACUGGAAAAACCUCUGCAGCACUCCCAGAGAAGCCUCCCAACAACCCCCCCUGCCACUCAGGUGAGGACACGCCUCCUCCGGAUGAGGACCGCCCUGCCCCCAUCUUUGUUAAACCCACGUCGCCUGCUUCUCUGGUGCUGCCGGGCCAGCACCACAAGCCCAGCGACCCGGAGGAGGACGAGGGGAUCCACAGCAGCCACGAGGGAGGAAGUGACAUCAGCGACAGCGCCUCGGAGGGCAGCGAAGACUCCGGCCUCAACGGCGCCGGCUCGGGAAAGAUGGCCAACGACCCCGAGACCCCCACCGAGGAGACCCCCCCCCCGACAGAGCUCAAGAGCCACCUGUGCAUCUUCUGCGACCGCACCUUCCCCCUGGAGGCGGAGUACCGGCGCCACCUCAACCGCCACCUGGUCAACGUGUACUACAUGGAGGACUCCGCCGGGGCGCCGCAGUGAGGAGCGUCGCCACGGCAACAAGGUCUGCAGUGAGAUACAAACGUUCAUUGUGGCGCUUUCUUCUGUGGUUGUGCCUUUCGGCUCAAAACUGGUGCCAAAACGUACGAGUUUGAGUGUUUUUUAUACAGUUUUCAUGGUUUGUAACAUUAAUCGGAUGCAUUUCAUAACCAGCUCACAAUGUGUUGUGGUUCUGAUCCAUCGGGGGGGCGGGCGUUUGGACUUUGUUCAGCAUGUGUUUGUGUCAGGAUCAAGGAUUUCAUGUCACAAUACAAAAUGCUCCAUUUAACAUCUCUGAAAGUUUGUCCUAAUAUUAUUUUCGAUGAUAAAAAGGGGAUUCGACACCUUUCGACAAUCACUUGAGUGUAUUUUUCCUGUUUUUAGACUUCUUAUUGGUUGAGCUCACUGAGUAGGACGUCAUUUAUCAUUUCUUAGUUAUCGCUGAUCAUCAUCUGAACUCUAACACAAUUAAUCACAGAUUGUUUCCUGGUAAUAAUUCUGUGAAUUUGAAGCAUAUGUUCUGAUAUUAAAGAGCUGAAAUGUAAAAGUCUUAAGUUUGAUACAAAGCAAAUAAACAUGAAUUGUCAUUUGUCUCAAUGUGU